CUCCCCAGAUGACUAACAGAGAAGCAGAAAAGGUGCUCAGCCUCCCACCAGAGGACAGCAAUAAUGGUGUGGAGAUGUCUGAGUCAGAGGAGCCCCAAGAAACCUCAAGCUCACUUGCAAGAUGUGAGCCAGUGUCCUGUGAUCCUGAAGCUCCCCAGAUGAAUGGAGAAGCAGCAGAGGAGGCUCCCAGCCAAGAACCAUGUGACAACCAAGAAGAUACUGCAGAUAUGGGAAACAAUCUUACUUUAGGAAAACCCAAGAGGAAAAAAAGAGGGAGGCCAAGCUGACGAAAGAUGCCCAGUCCCAAGGGCACACUUGGUAUCUCUGGAAAAGAGGCAUUCGUGGAUGUGGAGCUCCCCCAGGGGACGCAAGCAUCAGUCCAAGAGAAGG